CGCUACUCCGGGACUAUGAAGAGAAGCUCCUUUGGCGCCAUCUAUUUGCCGAAUGCAAGUGGUGCAGUUUGUGGCGAUCGGUGUUUCUGCACUCGGCACGCAGCCUGGGUUGGACUUCAGGCGCCAUUGUUUGUAGUACCUGGUGUUGGGGUAGUGGGAAUGGAAAACAAGAGGUUUAAAAUCAAUCUGGAUGAUUCUGCGUUGGACAGAGAAAGAAAUCCGGUGGCCUCUCUUUUCAAACCAUCUUCUGAAAGAGGCAAUGCAGAGACCUUGACUACCCAAAGUGAACCUCAAGCUGGUGGCCAGCCGCUAUCCUAUGCCGAUUUCAUCGUUCAGAGCAAAAACAGAGCUAAAGACAGACCUGGUCAUGCACCACAAACUGAAGAUCCUUCUCAAGAUGUGCUCAGAACUGCAGGACAGAGAUCCGGUAUUACUCUCGAACGUGGAUCAUUCACCACAGACGCUGGGAAAACCCAGACUAAUACAAAAGCCAGGGGAAGUCCAGAGCCUACAGUAGGAUCUGAGACCUCUGUGGUACCAAGAAGCCUGGAGGAGAAUCUGAUACCUGGGCAGCAAGCAGACGAAGGUAAAAAUACAGAGGAACGCACUGUUCUGCCACAGGCGAUAGGAUCCGGGAACAGCAUCAUCGUCAGCCCAAGACAGAGAGGAAACCCUAUUUUAAAGUUUGUCCGGAGCGUCCCGUGGGAGUUUGCAGAAGUGGUCCCUGAUUAUGUCUUGGGUCGAACAACUUGCGCGCUAUUUCUCAGCGUGCGCUACCAUACCCUGAAUCCAAACUACAUCCAUGAGCGGCUGAAGCAGCUGGGACAAACGUUCACACUCCGAGUGCUGCUUGUGCAAGUUGAUGUGAAAGAUCCUCAUCAUGCACUAAGGGAGAUUGCUCGAAUCUGCAUCAUGGCUGACUGCACACUUAUCUUGGCCUGGAGCCCUGAGGAAGCUGGCCGUUACUUGGAGACAUAUAAAUCUUACGAGAAAAAGCCUGCAGAUCUGCUUAAAGAGCAAGUAGAGAAAGAUUACCUGUCUAAGGUUACUGAUUGUCUGACCACAGUGAAGUCCAUCAACAGAACUGACGCUAUCACACUGUUGUCCACGUUCUCUUCUUUGGGGGGCAUCAUUAAUGCAUCUAAGGAGGAACUGGUGCUGUGCCCAGGACUCGGACCACAAAAGGCAAGAAGACUGUAUGAUGUGCUUCACCAGCCCUUUUUGAAGUCUAAAAAGAAAGAAGGCAGUUGAUUUGCAUUCAGGGGAAAAAUACAAAUCAAUCAUUCCAAAAAAACGAAAACAAGCCUCCUCAUCAUGAAUUGCACACCAGGAGACAAUGAAAAACCCCCACAGAAUACUGAUGUGUUCAGCAGUGGCUGCCUAAGAAUAGAUGAUGGGGAAUAUGUGAGAGAUCUCAUAUUAAAGAUCUUAUUCACAUCAGACUUUCUCUCUGGAUCAAAAGGAUUUUAAUAGGAGUUUGAGUGCUCUUACAACCAUAAUGAACUGUUUUCAUUUCAAAUUUGUUCCUGCAAUAAAUGUUUUAUCCUAUUGUGUGCAUAAUUAAA